ACCCUUAUAUAUAUAAGUUGCACCUAACCUCUUGCUCUAGAAAGAUCACCAAACUUCUUAAUAGACAGAAAUUGGGUAGAAAAAAGAUAGAGAGAAAGUGAGAUUAAUAAGAAGAAGUGAUUAUGUCUCAAAUUAUUAAUAACAAUUUAUUUGAGGAGCAAAAUCAGAUUCCUACACAAAUGGGAUUCAUUCCUUUCCCAACAAACCUAAUUACUUUCCCUUCUUUGGGUUGUAAUAAUCAAUCUUUGAAAGCUUUAAGUUCCAUAGCUUCUUCACUUACAUCUGAAUCAGCUGAUUCUACAUCAAAUCUAACACAAACCCUACUCUCAAGUGCCAAUCUUCAAAAACCAUCAAGAGAAUACCUCACUCCUAGCUUUGGAGGAACUCAAUUCCUAUCUUUGCAUAGAUCAAGUGUAAAUCCAUGGGCAAUAUUGGGAGGAGUAAGUGAUUGCUUGAAUGAUAGUAGUAAAAGAAGUGGAAUAGAUCAUGAUCAUAAGUUGGGGGUUUCUAGCAUGAAAAUGAAGAAAAUGAAGGGAAGAAAGAAGGUAAGAGAGCCUAGGUUUUGCUUCAAGACCUUGAGUACUGAUUUGGAUGUGUUGGAUGAUGGUUACAAGUGGAGAAAGUAUGGACAAAAAGUUGUCAAGAACACACAACAUCCCAGAAGCUAUUACCGUUGCACACAAGAGAAUUGUCAUGUAAAGAAGCGCGUGGAGCGCUUAGCGGAGGAUCCAAGGAUGGUAAUAACCACAUAUGAAGGAAGACAUGCACACACUCCAUCAAAUGAUGAUCUUCAUGACUCUCAAACUCAAUCUCAUGAUUUCUUAUGGUAGUGCAUGCAUACACCAAAACAUGUAUCAUAAUAAUAGUGCUACAUAUAUGUUUGCUUAUUUGUUUUCUAAUAUUCAAGGUGAAAAAUAUCGAAUUUAUAGGUGUAGUAGAGUAGAGGAGUGAAAUUGAUAAAUAAUGUAUUUGGACAUGUCACAUGUUUAUUUUUCAUCCCUUCCAAGUUCCAAACAUAUACCAAAUUAAUGACUGCUGAUUAUUUUCUAGUUUUAUACUAUAGUCUUGGACUAUUGGUAUUUUUUUUGGCAAUAAUAUUGCCACUA